ACGUCGACUCUCCACUUCAAAGGAACGCAGAAUUCGUCAGCUCCUCAGUGAGGAACAGCUGGGUGAUAGAAAACCUUCAGUUUUUCUACGGCACCUACGGUCCUUAGCCGGCUCCAUGAAGGAUGAAGGAAUACUCCGCGAACUGUGGAUGCGUCGGUUACCCAGCGAAGUUCAGCGUAUACUCAUCGCUCAGAAAGACCUGCCGCUGGACAAAGUCGCUGAAAUAGCAGACGCUAUUGCAAACUCACCUGUGGGACACCCUUCAGUCAACGUCUAUGCUGCUACUGCUAAUACCAGCACCCUUCCUGACCUCACUACGCUGAUAAAUAGUAUGGAGGCACUUACCAAGAAAGUAGACAUCCUUUUUAAAGAGCACCAACGUUCCAGAUCCCGAUCUCGCUCUAACGCCACAUCUCGCACCAACUCCACAUCUAGGGAAGGCACCAAAUUAUGUUGGUACCAUAAGAAAUUCGCUUCCAAAGCCACCAAAUGUACGAGCCCAUGUGGUUGGAAUUCUCAGGAAAACUUCACAAGCAACUAGUAGUGGCGGAAACUGGUUGCUCUCACACUGGCCGCCGAUUGUUUGUGUCUGAC